AUGUUCAGAGCAGGCCAACCCAAUCCUUACGAUGAUAUAGUGGCUAAGGCCACCGAUGAGAACUUGACAGAUGAGAACUGGGAGGUCAUUCUCAAUCUAUGUGAUAAAGUACAAGAAGAAGGAGAACAGGGUGCCCGUAACGUGAUCGCAGCACUCUUGAAGCGUCUGGCCCAUCGUAGCCCAAAUGUACAACUCUACGCACUUUCGCUAGGAGAAUCACUCUCAAAGAAUUGUGGUAUCGCACUUCAUCGCGAGCUUGCUAGCCGAGCAUUCACUGGGGCAUUGGAGAAACUUAUCGUUGAUCGGACAACACAUGAAAAAGUCCGUCGGAGGGCUCUCGGCCUCAUUGCGAUGUGGACAUCAGAAUUUGAAAGCGAACCUACUCUAGGAGUUAUGGAGGACUGCUACAACAAUCUGAAAGCAAAGAACUAUCAAUUCGAAACCCCCUCUGAGCCACCCCCGCCAACCGUCGACGACGAGGCACGGCGGCGUGAGGAAGAGGAACUCCAACGUGUCCUUGAAAUGAGCAUGCGCGACAAGGGCGGGCGAUCUACUUACGCACCUGCUACCUCAGCUAGUUCGUCCGGUGCACAAAGGCAUGCAUCUGGAUAUGUCCCAGCGCGCUCGCCGAGUCCAAAGGCUCCCGCGUAUACAUCGAAUAGUCACAAUUCAAAUGCCAGGACAACCACGGGAUACUCUGCCACGAGUGGCGGAGUUUCAGCCAUGGCUGCGUCUUCGACAUCGUCACUUCCGUCCCAACUCUCUACACCAGUAGUCACUCGUGUCCGCGCCCUGCACACCUUUGAGCCAACGGAACCCGGCGAACUCGCCUUUGAAAAAGGUGACGUGAUCAAGGUUGUGGAUCGAGGCUACAAGGAUUGGUGGCGAGGGCAAUUGAAGGGACGCACAGGAAUAUUCCCCGUGAAUUAUGUUGAACCCCUCCCUGAGCCGACUGCCGCUGAACUUGCGCGUGAGGCAGAGCAGGAAGCAGCUGUCUUCGCUCAAGCUGUGAACGUUGAUCGGUUGUUGACAAUGCUGCGGAGUCUGGAUGCUUCAAGAGAGAACCUAGCCGAUAACGAGGAGAUUCAGGAAUUAUACCGCUCAUGCAUGGCCCUCCGUCCCAAGAUUGUCAAGCUCAUUGACAAGUACAGCCAGAAGCGAGCCGAUUUGGUAUCGAUGAACGAGUCCUUCGUGAAAGCCCGAACUAUAUUUGAUCGGAUAAUGGAAGAUAGCCUUGCGCGUCACGCUGCGAUGUACGACACCAGUCCGCACCCCGCACAACCCUACGGAUACGGGUACGACCAACCCCAGCCGUAUGGAUAUGGAGGUCCCAGUAAUGUCUACCAGCCUCAGCCUCAGCCCCAGUCCCAACCACCGCUCCAACCCCAGCCUCAUGCUGGACCACCACAACAUCCUGACCCUGCAUAUGCAUACCAACAAGCGCAAGUUUACGGUGGCCCCGUUAGCGGAGCACCGCACCCUCUGCCCGCACAGACGCCGUACCCGCAGACUUCGCCAACACCUUAUUCCCAGCAGCAAACUCAACAGCAACUUUAUCCCCAGCAACAACCACAGGCACAACAGCCAGCCGAGUAUUCACCCGGAGUACAUGCCCAACAACUGCAACCGCAGCCGCAACCACAGCAACUACAACCUCAAAGUGCAGGCCCACCCUACGUUUUCGAUCCGAAUGCAACAUACUCAGAUCCGAACGUCCAGGCGUGGGCGCAAUACUAUGCGCAGGGUGGAAUGGACACUGCUGGAGCGGUGUACUUUAUUUCAGUACCAGGCGUAAAGGACGCGUCGCCACCGCCAGAGCAAUCCCCUCAAUCACAUCAAUCGUCACAGGAUCCAUACCAGGCUCAGGCUCAGGCUCAGCCUGAGCAACAACCUGUACACCAAGAAGCCGCGCAUCAAUCGCCUACUUCCCAACAUACAUCAUACAUGAACCCCAGCCCCCAACAAAGCCAAUACCCCUCGCAGCCAUAUUACCAAGACUCCGCAUCUGCCCUGCAGAUGUCACCAACCAGUGCAGCUAGCGGAGUGUCUCCGUUGCAACGGACGUCGUCUAUGACUGCAGGUGCACCAGCCCCGUAUAGUUAUCAUUCUCCACCUUAUCAGCAACAGCGCUCUCCGACUGCGCAGGGUGGAUUUGCCGGGUCGGGGUCUGAGGUGCACGGGUAUGCCCCACCGGCGAGCAAUGGCUAUGGGCCCCCCGCGGCAGCUGGUUACUCUCAGAGUUCACCGCCGGCGCCAGGGUAUGGCAAUCCACCAUCGGGCGAGCACCAACCCGGCGCUCCGUACCCACAAGGUGCUGGGGCGCAUGGUGGUGUGCAUGCUUUACAAAACCAGUUUUUGGACAUGUCGAUUGGGGGUCAGGUUGCGACGUCAUGA